CACGGAUAUGCAAUAGCCCAGCACGGUCUAGUGACCCACGUCAUCAACGUAACCGCUGGGCCCCACCACUUGGUCCCACACUAUUUAACACCCGGGACAAGCAACUCUCCCUCCUUAAUUUCUCAACCUCACCCCCGGAAGGCUACUACAGCAAGUCUACCCACACAUUUCGGCCCCGAGUCAGCCCGAGUCGUGCGUUUCGGAUAUCUGACAUGGCCGCUUGCGUCUCGGACACUUCUCGGACCCUAUCGUGCCGAGACGGGCACGCCGCCUCGCAGCUGAAGCUAAUUUCGAUCAUCGUCAUCUUCAUCACGAGCGUCGUCGGAAUUUCGUCGCCGGUCCUCCUAUCCCGCUACUUCCAGGGAAAGCCCGCAUACGACAAAACCACUCUCCUGAUCAAGUGCUUCGCGGCAGGGGUCAUCCUCUCAACCUCCCUCGUCCACGUGCUCCCCGACGCCUUCAGCGCGCUCUCCGACUGCCGCGUGUCCUCCAAGCACCCCUGGAAAGACUACCCCUUCUCGGGCCUCGUCACCAUGGUCGGCGCCCUGACUGCGCUCCUCGUCGACCUCACGGCGACCUCCCACAUGGAAUCGCAGCCCGGCGGCGGACACAGCGGCGGCCACCACGGGCAAUACGAGGUCGUUCCGAUUGGGGCGAAGGAGGAAUUGGGGGGGAAGAGUUGUUGUAGUAGUAAAUUGGCGAUGGAUGUGGAGUCGGUGGCGGGGGGUGCGGAAAGCAAUAGCGGUGGGGUAAGUGAGGAAACGUCGGUGAGGCUGAAGCAGAGGCUUGUGUCUCAGGUGUUGGAGAUUGGGAUUAUUUUCCACUCAGUGAUUAUUGGGGUCACUUUGGGGAUGUCACAAAAUCAGUGCACCAUUAGGCCUUUGGUUGCUGCGCUUGCGUUUCACCAGAUCUUUGAAGGCAUGGGUCUUGGGGGCUGCAUUGCUCAGGCAGGAUUUAAGUUGGGAACAACAGCCUACAUGUGCUUCAUGUUUGCAGUGACAACACCAAUGGGGAUAGUGUUGGGGAUGAUCUUAUUCUCAGUGACAGGUUAUGACGACAGGAACCCUAAAGCCCUAAUCUUGGAGGGCUUGUUGGGCUCCUUGUCCUCUGGUGUACUUAUCUACAUGGCUCUCGUGGAUCUUAUAGCCCUUGAUUUCUUCCACAACAAGAUGAUGAGCUCUGAUUCAUGGCUGCGAAAAAUAUCGUUCAUUGCUCUUGUUCUCGGCUCUAUCUCUAUGUCCAUCCUUGCCCUUUGGGCCUAAAAUUUGCUCUGUUUUGCAAAUAAAAUGUAUAAUGUAAAAUGUUCAUCGA